GGUCAAAGCAAUGAAAGGUUAACGUCAUUCAAGCUUUCAAAGCUUCAAGAUUUCAACGACGAUGAAUAAGAUUUCUAAUUGAUAUUAACCAUAACCACAGCCCGACAAAAGCAAUCAAAAAUCACAAUGUUUCGAUUUGUAAGUACAAGUAGAUGCUUUUACUUCUUGAUUAUGGAAUAGAUUAAAUGUAACUGACAUGGUCGGUAUACAGCACAAAACUCUUGAUGUUAUUACUCUCUUCCACAAGGCAAGCUCCCCAGCUUCGUUGAGAGUUUACACUCUUUUGAAGCGGGCAUCUGCCAAUGCUGCUGCAUUCGCGACGGAAGAUCAAGCUAGCGAUCUCGCUGCCAAUAUCACACCACAAAGAGACGAGUUUGAACUGGAAAUCACCGAAUCUGCACCAACCCCAGAUCAACUUAGGAGCAUUCUCGAAUUUAUGGGCCCAUCAAAGAUUGGCAGCAUUGUUACGGGUGCAAAGGAUGAAGCAGAUGCUGUAAGGAAGAUCAAAUCCAAUGAAGAUAGUUUCCAAAGACCGCUGGUAUGUUUCUUGCCAUAGAUGGGAUACUGUGGAAUGAAGCCUCGACUAAUGAUUUAUAGACUGUGGAUUGGAGCAAUGGAAGAGCAGUGGCUGGAGACAAUGAAUCUGAGAUAUUGAAGAUGCUCAAUGCUCUACCCAAAAACUAGUCCUUGCACCGUUGCACUGUACACCAUUUCAAAAGUUCCCAAUACCAAUUUGAUUUGUCUAGUUUCAUCGAUUAUUCAAAACCAUCUC